AUCAUUUAAAAGUAAAAUAUGAACAUAUGAAAAUAAGUUAAAAGAAGUAUUACUAAUACUAUGCACUCUUCUGCCGCACGUUCUUUCAUUUUGAACUUUGUUGCGGAAACUGGGGGGUUGGGAACGGAGCCAAUGGGGGAGGAGGAAACAGAGAUGAGUGCCGAGCAGCAGCUUCCGAAGUCGAAUGAAGAUGUCGCCGGGAUCGCUCCAGCGGAAUCAGGAGGCGAGCAAGCAGAGCACUUCUAUUCGCCGCCGGCCAUUCGCUUCGACGUUCCUCCAGUUAGAACCUAUCACUUCUGUCGCCAGUUCAGGGCGUCGCCAAACCCUAACAAUUUCCUACAGGGCGUCAAGUGGUCGCCGGACGGUUCGUGUUUUCUCACAAGCACCGACGACAGGGCCUUUCAUAUUUUCUCAUUACCAGAUGAUGGAAGUAGCUAUCAUGGACAUGCUUGUUCUUUUUCUCCUGAUGCAGCUACAGAUUCUUUUGCUGCAAAUCUUCUUGUGAAUGAGGGGGAAGCUAUAUAUGAUUACUGCUGGUACCCAUAUAUGUCUGCUUCAGAUCCAGUUACUUGUGUGUUUGCAAGUACCAGUCGUGAUCAUCCUAUUCAUCUUUGGGAUUCAACUUCAGGCGAGCUGCGUUGCACGUAUCGGGCUUAUGAUGCUAUGGAUGAAAUUACUGCUGCCUUUUCCAUUGGUUUUAAUCCUGCUGGGACCAAGAUAUUUGCUGGGUAUAAUAAAUCUAUCAGAGUAUUUGAUCUUCAUCGCCCUGGAAGAGAUUUUGAACAUCAUUCAACUGUUCAAGGAAACAAGGAAGGGCAAUCAGGCAUUAUAUCUGCGAUUGCUUUUUCUCCGAAUCACCUGGGGAUGUUUGCUACAGGCUCAUAUAGUCAAACUACUGCAAUCUAUGAGGAAGGUAAUAUGGAACCCUUGUACAUAUUACAUGGCCAAGAAGGUGGGGUUACACAUGUGCAAUUCUCAAAAGAUGGUAACUACUUAUUUACUGGGGGCCGGAAGGACCCUUACAUAUUAUGUUGGGAUGUCCGAAAAGCUGUUGACAUUGUGUACAAGCUUUAUAGAUCAUCAAGUAAUACCAAUCAACGGAUACUGUUUGAUAUUGAGCCCUCUGGUCGGCAUCUUGGAACUGGUGGUCAGGACGGCUUAGUUCAUAUUUAUAAUCUUCAAACGGGACAGUGGGUAUCAAGCUUUCAAGCUGCACUCGACACUGUUAAUGGCUUUUCUUUCCAUCCAUUUCUGGCAAUGGCAGCUUCUUCGUCAGGGCACCGAAGAUUUAUAAGCCCUGACGAUUCACCAGGGGACUUUAGCUUUAGCGGGGAGGAAAACUGUGCUUCAGUUUGGAGCUUCUCUUUUGAUUCGAUAAUGGCGGAAGAUAACUUGUACCAGCAGCAGGGUCCUUGAUUUGUAUUGGCAGCAAGUAUGAGUUUUUAUGCAAUUAUAUAAGCUUAUUAUUGUAUUAUUUUGACGGUGUUGUUUAUCAACAAAUACUUGUAUAUGAACGUAAUUUUACCAGAAAACUCAUUCCAAUUGAUUGAAAAAUUCGUUGUAAA